GAUGGUGAAGAUGGAGAAGGAUUUUCUGCAGUAAUUAGCAGAUGCACAGUUUGGUGCAGCCUAUAGAAAGUGAAAGUAUCAGAGGAGAGUCUGCAGUAUGAAAGCCCAGCACGUCAUUAUUUGCUGUCCAGUAAGACCUUCAACAUCCUCAGGCUGAGAUCUGCAUCUCUCACACAUAAGAAAUCAGAAACACCAGACGCCCAAAUUACAUCUUGGACAAUCUUGAGACUAAACCCAGAAGGAAAUAAAGAAAUGGGAGGAACAGAAUCAAAGCCUGUACAACCUGCAGCAUCAACGUAUGACCCACGUGAGAAGCUCUGUGUGGCAAGGGGGCCCUCGUUUAGUGUCGUCUGGACAGGGAUAGAGAGACACGGGAAAGACGCUAAGCAACUGAAAGGACAUUACAUCAGUCGUGGAAAAAUCCCGUUAGUCUUUGUUGAUAUAAUGGGUUUAGAACCUGAUGUAUUGGCGGGAUCACAACCAGAGGACAUCAUCAAGGCUGUAUAUGGCCAUGUGAAGGACGGAUAUAAAUUUGAUGAGUCAAAGCCACUCUCUCAUAAGGAUCAACAUUAUACCGAUGACCCCAGUCUCUCUGACCAGGCUUUCUGUCUGGUUUACGCCAUACCUGCUAAUACAGUCGACAUGGCGGAUGACAAACUCAUUGACAAGUUGAAGAUCAUCCGUCACAGAAUCAGUGAAAAGAGGAUUCCUCAAGUGAUUGUUAUGACCAAAGUGGAUGAAGCAUGUCCACUGGUGAACAAAGAUCUGCGGAAGAUCUACCAUAGCAAACAGAUCCAAGAAAAGAUGCAGAUAUGCCAUGACAAACUGGGUGUGCAGAUGUGCGACAUCUUCCCAGUGAAGAACUAUCAUGAAGAGAUCGACACUGAUGAUGAUGUUGAUGUUCUGAUUCUGAAAGCUCUGGAUCAGAUCCUCCAGCUUGCUGAUGAUAGAUUGUUUAAUAGCAGUGAUACGGUGUAA